CUAUUUUAGCGCACAAUAAGGUGUGGUAAUCAAAUUACACAUAACAAUGAAAUAAAACAAUACAACAGAUGGCUCCUCAAGAUAACAUAUGAUAUAUAGCAGUAUGCUUGAGGUCUAAUUAAAAAGUUAAAGCUUUGUGUAAGUAGCCUGUGAGGUAAGCAAUAAUUUAACCCAGACAAAACCACAAAAAUUCCACAGGAGCAACCUCUGACAAAACGAACUGUGCGUGUGAAUGAAACAAACAACAGAGUCAAACGCAACGCUGUAGAAUUGGGAAAAAAAAUAAAUGUGUCAUGAAUUAUCGAAGAGAGUACUGUUUCAAAGAAGGCAAUGUUUUCAGAAAAAAAGGCAAACUAAAUGACUGAAGGAUUCCAUUGCAGGAUUUCCUAAACUCUGAAUAUGAUGGUGGCAAAGGCCUUCUGGGAGUGACGUCGGGCACAAGAGAAGUAGUGAUGGGUGUUAUAUAUCGGUAGGUGAAGGGCUGGAUAGAGGUGGGGUCAGGGGUUGACAUGGAGGGGAUAUGAGGUCACAAGGCUUUUUAACACUGCUUUGUGUGAAAAUAACAGCACCAUUCACCACCCACCCACACACACUCACACACAAACACAUACUUUAAAAACUUCCUACCCUCUUCUUACUCAACUUAUGUAGCUUUGUCACGCAAAGGUAAAGUAGUAGUGAAGUUUAUUUCCCCCAUAUGUCACUAUGGAAACCAGCAAUUGGGAAUAAAAUCAGUUCAUUAAAAAAGCAUUUAAUAGACUUUACAUGAAUUCUUUUUUUAAUGCAAUGAUUAUUAAAGCGUUGGCCCUAUAGACUAAGCAACUAAUAAAACAGAGCAAGCAUUUUCAAAACAUGAAGUAAGCUGUGUGAGGUCUCGAGAUAUUCCCAUGGGUCUAUGUUUUCUAGAGUGUGUUGACGUUUGGAAGAGGUGAAAGAGAGAGCAUUGCGUGGCUGAUUCAAGGUUGAGGCUGCAUAGCAAAGAGAGGCGAGGUUACACUAUCUCUCCAUACAGACAGUCUUACUGUAAAUAAUAUCCACUGCCUGAGGGGCCACUAACGGCAUUGACAACUAUUAUAUGUUUUUUGCUUCCAUUUGAAAAUUCCAUAUUGAUAAUUCAUCUGUGGUCACAUUGAUAUGUGUUAUGACUGGUUUAAGGAAUGGAAAACUGCUAGAGAAUAAAAGCAAGAAAGAGAAGGCAUAGGCGGGUAAUGCUAUUCAUCAAAAAAAUUCCAAGACUGUAUGGGAUAAGAUGAGCCAAGUAGAAAUGAGACAAAGGUAAAACCACCACAUGUAUAUGCUUCAGUUAUCUCUUAUCAGUUAUUUUUUUUACAGGACAAAUUGGAACAUAAGGCCAUAUAAAUACAAAUGAUAUUAAAAAAUGAAUAAACUGUUUAACAACAUAAUCACAAAUAAAAAAAGAAGUAUAAGUGCACACAUUAUAUUGCCUGAAAUCAAUUAUAAAUUAACAAUAAUAAUAAUAAUAAAAAAAAACGUUUCAUUUUUGGAUUUUUUAAUACGAUAACCAUCCAAACUUGCGGACAGGGAGCAGGUAUUGAGAACAAAAAAUAUAAUAAAAAUGUAAUUCAAAAAGGAGCAAGAAGUGUAUCUACUAAAAACACACGUUUAAGUAGAUAUUUACCACAUUAUAUAUAUUUAAACUGUUGUGAUAAAAGUACCAAAAAUUGUCCAAAAAAGUAUUUAAAUAUAUCUCUCCCUGUUUCUGUAACUGAUCUGGAAUCGAGUCGACAGUCUGAUACGACAUCUCCCUCUUGUGUUCACUUAAAGUUCAUUGAAGCGCCUGAUUAAAUUACCUUCCAGACAGACCUACUUUGGUCGCAUGUUACUUUUUUCAUCGCUGGUCAGCCUUGACAAAUCACAGUCGUUUUUGAUUAUCAGAAGGUGAGUUUUGUGUAGACAUUUUAUAGAAGAUACAAUAGCGAUUUCCUUUUAUAUUUCAGUAAUACCCAUUUUUAAAGUAGAAGAACUUUUAAGAUUAUAAUGUUAUAACCUAGAAAUGUCUCUAAAAUGGCAUUCGAAAGCUGCUCAUUGGUGAUUUGAACCUCGAGCAGCGCCCCCUGGAGAGCAAAUAUUUAAUAACAGGAAACAGUAAUAAGCACGUUUACGUUGGACGCACAGGAGGCGGAGUUAUUGCAACUAAAAAAUGGCGGCUGUGUUGCAGCAGAUAUUGGAGCGGUCGGAGAUAUCAAAACUCCCCAAAACUGUCUUGACUAAGUUAGAGAAGUAUAUUACUGAACAGCAAUGUGAAGUUGAUUGUCUGAAGGCACACCAGGAGCAAUAUCGUGUGGAUAAUGAACAACAGUAUUUUGACAUCGAGAAGAAGUUUGCAGAGAGUCAGGCUCAGUUUGUGUCCCAGACUCAAGAGCAUCAGAUACUGAAAGAAGAGUACUGCAAACUGGAGGAUGAGUUGAAAUGCUUACGAGAGAAAAAUAAGGAGCAAGUAUCUUCAUACACCAAACUAGAGUCACAUCAGAAUGAACUUUCCAAAGCCAAAGAUGAGCUUGAGACCGAAAAACGAGAGCUUGUGCGGACAUUGGAAAGAAGAUCCCAGGAGAUGGAACAGCAAAGUGAGGACCUGAAGCGUCUUAAUGAUAGAUUGGUGGAAGUCAGUUCAGAGAAGAUGCAGCUUCACCUCAAGCUGGAUGAGUCAGAAGCCACUGAGGUCUCAAUCAAGUAUAAAGAGAAACGAAUGGAGCAGGAGAAAGAUCUACUCCAGAAUCAAGUGACCUGGCUAAAUGCUGAGCUUAAGGGCAAGAGUGAAGAGCUUCUGUCUCUUUCCCGGCAGAAAGGCAGUGAGAUUUUGGAGCUCCAGUGCAACCUUAAUAACAAGGAGGAUGAAAUCGCUCGCCUCAAAGAUCAAGUCACCAGUCUGAAGACAUCCAAUGAGAACCUUCAGAGGCAAGCAGAGGAGAUGAUCACAAAGAUGAGAGAGGCAAAAGAACAGCAAGCCAGUUUGGAGGAGAAGUUCAGUAAUGAGCUCAAUGCCAACAUCAAACUCUCAAAUUUGUAUAAGGGAGCUGCUGCUGAUGCAGAAGCCAAGAGUGAGGAGCUCAGUAGAGCUGUUGAUGAACUUCACAAGCUGCUUAAAGAGGCUGGAGAAGCACAUAAAGCUCUGGAAGUGAAAAUCACAGAGCUGGAGAGUUGUAAGGACAAAGAAAUCGUUGAACUGAAAGAGAAAAUAAGCAGCCAGGAGAAAGAGCUGGAUAAUGCAAAUGAGCUGCUGUCUGACGCCAAACACAGAGGAACUGCUUCAAUUCUUUCAGAGGAGCAGGUGACCACAAUGUCUCCCACAGCAGCUGCAGUUGCCAAAAUCAAGCCAGGCAUGAAACUUACAGAGAUAUACACAGCUUAUGUUGAGACCCAAGAACAGCUGCAACGAGAGAAACUAGAGAACAAACGACUGCACAAGUACCUGGAUGACAUUGUGCAGGAGAUGGAAGCAAAGGCACCCAUCCUGAAGAGGCAGAGAGAGGAGUAUGAGCGCAUGCAGAAGUCUGUUUCCAGUCUCUCUGCUAAAUUAGAGCAAGCUGUCACGGAGGUCCACCGCUUGCAGAAAGAAGCAGAUGAAAGCAACAAACAUGCAUCUGUGUUGGAGAGAGAUAACCAGAGGUUUGAAGUGCAGCUAGCUGACAUGUCUCAACAGGUGCGGGUUCUUCUUAUUGAGCUUGAGGAAGCUCGUGGUAACCAUGUGAUACGUGACGAGGAUGAGGUGUGUUCUGCGGAUGUGAGCAGCACAUCAGAGGUGAUUUCUCAACACCUGGUCACCUUCCGCAGCGUUGAAGAGCUGCAGCAGCAGAACCAGCGACUCCUUGGGGCACUCAGAGACCUCAGUGAGGAAAAGGAAAAGGAUGAGUUGGAGGGAGACAACAUGAAACGCAGUGAGGUGGAGAAAUAUCUGGAGGAGCUUCAGCAUGAGUUGGAGCAGCUAAAGGAAAAGAGAGCUCAGGAUCUGCAGAAGGUUGACGCUGUGGCACGACAAAGGGAUAUGUUCCGGAUGCUUCUUACCCAGGCCACUGGAGUCACCUUCCCACAGGGUGCUGGUAAUGAGGAGCUUAUGUUGACAUCCACCCCCCGUCGUUCUCCAGCCGUCACACCUACUGCAGGCACCCCUACAGGACUGGUUGCUACUGCCAUAGAAUCCACAGAGUCAGUAGAAGCCAAAGCUGCAUUAAAGCAGCUUCAGGAAGUCUUUGUGACCUAUAAAAAAGAAAAAACUGAGGCUGAAAAAGCCCUGACUGAGCAAAGCGAGAAACUGCAGGAUCAAGUGACUGAACUCCGCUCCGAAAACACCAAGAUCACCACACAGUUGGAGUUCACUUCCAAACGGUAUGAGAUGCUCCAAGAUAACGUUGAGGGCUACCGUAAAGAGAUUGCCUCUCUGAAUGAGAAGAGUCAGAAGCAGGCUGCAGCAAUUCAGCAGAGUGAACAGACCAUACACACCGUCACCCAGGACCUCCGAGCAGCUGCUGAGAAACUCUCCAUCACUGAGUCUGAAGCAGAAAACCUACGUAAAGAGAGAGACAUGUUGAAGAUGGUGGAGAUCAGACUGACCCAGGAAAAAGAGUCUUUCCAGGCCCAACAGCUUGGCCAAAACAUGCUGCUGACCAACCUCAAAUCAAUACAGGCAACUCUAGAGCGCUCUGAGACAGAGACCAGACAGCGGCUAACGGCUCAGAUUGAGAAGCAGGAGCGAGAGAUCACUCAGCUCCAGAAGAGACUUGAGAAUGAGGUGGAACAGAAGCACCUGCUGGCACGCAAUCAAGAUAUGCAGCUGAUGGAUGUUAAGAAGCAGCUGGAAACACAGACUUCCCAGUACCACAGGACAAGAGAGCAACUUACUGCUGCCCAACUUGAGCUUAACAGUCUAAAGCUGCAGAUCAGUAGCAGGGAGAGCCGUCUAGUAUCCCCCACUCUAUAUACAGGCCUGCAGGGCAGUGAAGGUGACAUGGAGGCUGUGCGUGCCCAGCUGAAGCAGACUGAGAGCAAGGUAGAAGAGCUGGCCGAACGCCUGAAAAACACUACUGCCAGCAUGGAACAGUACAAGGCCAUGAGUCUUAGCUUAGAGGACUCCCUGGACAAAGAGAAACAGGUAACUGAACAGGUGCGAUCAUCUGUGCAAGCCCAGGUGGAGACAGCUCAGGAACAGUAUAAACAGCUGGAGCAGAAACUUCUGGAAGCAGACAAAGAAAAGCAGAGUUUGUUGGAGGAGAAAAGCAAAGCUGUUACUGCUGUGGAGCAAGAGUUGAAUGAGCUGAAGAAAUCUUUAAGCGGCCUGCAGUCUGAGCACCAAAGCGCCUUAGAGCGAGCUGAUGUUGCUGCAGCACAGGAGCAGCAAGCCAUCCUGGACAGUCAGGAGCAGGCUAAGAUGGCAGCUGAGGCCCAGGAUAAGUAUGAGAGGGAGAUGUUGUUGCAUGCAGCUGAUGUGGAAGCACUGCAGGCUGCCAAAGCACAGGCUCUGCAGGCAGCUCAUCUCAGACAGCAGCUGGAAGAGAAAGUUCAGAGCACCAGUGCACAGCUGCUGGAGGCUCGUGUCUCUUGGGAGGAGCAAGAGAAGAUUCUCAAGGAGGAGCAGUCUAAGUUAGAGUCUCGCUGUGAGGAUCUGCAGAGGCAGAACACUCUCCUUCACGAGCAGAUACAGACUCUGAGUGGACAAAUGGCCAGUCAGCUGCAGCGAGCCACCAGCGAGAGUCCGCUCAAUGUCUCUCUGACAGAGGAGGGCAAGUCUCAGGAGCAGCUCCUGGAGAUCCUAAGAUUUGUGCGAAGGGAGAAGGAGAUUGCAGAGUCCCGGUUUGAGGUGGUCCAGGGUGAGAGUCUGAGGCACAGGUUGAGAGUGGAACAUUUGGAGAGAGAGCUGAAGGAUGUGCAGGAGAUUCUGAAUGCAGAGCGAGAGAAGAUGCAGGUGACUGCAAAGACUUUGGCCCAGCAUGAUGAGCUGAUGAAGAAGACCGAGACCAUGAAUGUGCUAAUGGAGACCAAUAAGAUGCUAAGGGAGGAGAAAAAGAAACUGGAACAGGAGCUGCAGGAUACUCAAGCCAAGCUGCGUAAACUGGAGUCAGACAUCUUGCCCAUGCAGGAGUCAAAUGCAGAGCUAAGUGAGAAGAGUGGUAUGCUACAGACAGAGAAGAAGCUUCUGGAAGAAGAUAUCAAACGAUGGAAAACUCGCACUCAGCACCUAGUGAGCCAGCAGAAGGACACUGACCCAGAAGAGUACAAGCGGAUGCAUUCUGAGAGAGAAGCACAUCUCAAACGCAUCCAGCAGCUUGUUGAGGAGACUAGUCGACUCAAAGCUGAUGCUUCAAGGAACAGUUGCUCUUUGACUACGAUGCAGUCUCAGGUUCUUAACCUAAAGGAGAACUUGGGGAAAGUGAUAGGGGAGAGGGAUGCCCUGAAGAAAGACCAGGAGGCCAAAAAUCUGGACAUACAGGAAAAAAAUAAAACCAUCACACAGGUUAAAAAGAUUGGUCGACGUUACAAAACCCAGUAUGAAGAGCUCAAGGUUGAAUAUGACAAGUUGGUAGCCGCAGCUGCAUCUGCACCGGCUCAGGAUCAGGAGGCACAGCAGGCAUCAGCUCAAGAACUUCAGGCCCUCAAAGAGUCCCUCAACCAAUCAGAGAACAGGACAAGAGAACUGGAAGGCCAUCUGGAGAAUCUCAAUAGAACUGUAGGUGAGCGAGAAGCAGAAGCACGCGGUGCACAAGAACAGGCCUCUCGUCUACAAGCAGAGCUGACACGUCUCCGGCAGGAGCUUCAAGAGAAAUCUUCUCAGGAGGAGCGACUCAAACAGCAGCUGACUGAAAAGGAGGAGAGGACCAAGAAGGCAAUAUUAAUGGCCAAGCAGAAGAUCAGCCAGCUUACUGGUGUAAAAGGUCAGCUCCAGAAAGAAAAUGAGGAGCUGAAGCAACAAAAAGAAGAAUUGGAAGUGCGAGUGAGUGCACUAAAGUCUCAGUAUGAGGGACGUCUGAGCAGACAGGAAAGAGAGCUGCGAGACCUCCGUGAGCAGCAGGAGAGACAUGGAGAACAGAGAGAUGAGCCUCCAGAGCAGGGCUCCAGCAAAGCCCAGGAACCGCAAAGAACGACAGAACAGCGACAAAUCUCUCUGAAGUCCACACCAGUUGCAGAAAGAGGAAGUACAAGCACUUCAGAGCCUCCUACUGCUAACAUAAAACCCACGCCACUGGCAGCAACCCCCAGCAAGCCUCCAGCCAUUCCAGGAAACAAAUCUACCCCGAGGGCCAGCAUUAAACCCAUGAUCACUCCUGCCUCAGUGCCCACCCCAACACCCACUGCCACAGUCAUGCCCACCACACAGGUGGAGAGCCAAGAGCCUAUGCAGUCAUCCGAGGGCCCGCUUGAGCAUGUGACUGUGUAUGGCAGUGCCAGUGGUUCAGUGCGAUCCACAAGCCCUAAUGUUCAGACAACCCUGGCUCAACCUCUGCUCAACGUUCAACAGCAGAGCCAGGCCACUGCAUUCAUCCAGCCCACCCAGCAACAAACCCAACCUCCUGCUGAACCAUCCAGUCAGGAACCUCCAGCUGCUGUAAUGCUCCAAAACUCACAGUUAGACAGGCCUCUUUCUACAUCCACAGGGAUCUGGAGUGCCACAGCUAGCACAAGCGCCAGCGCCAGUUCAGUGUCCGCAUCUCCUAGUAGUGCCUUGAGCAAACGUCCCCGCGAAGAGGAACAAGAGACCAUGUCUGCUGACACACAGUCCCAGGAUGAGCCCAAUGACUCUCCUAUUUGCAAGAGGGUUCGCAUUCAUAGAGUAGGUCUGGAGGAAGAAAUGUUGGCUGAAGACAGCACUGAGGCUGAGAGCGUUGUACCAGGUGAGAGCCAAGAGGCUCCUGAUGCUGGACAGGACUUGGAGAGCUAUGCUACUUUGGAGGAGAUGGAUGAGGAACCAGGACCAUCUCAGUCUGUUCCUGGAGACCGACUUCUGCCUCAUCUCUCUGAAACCCAUCGAAGCCCGGAGGAGCCUGAUCAUCAUGUCAUAGUCAUUGUUAGUGACACAGAUAGUGAGGGAGACCAUGAAGAGGAAUCUGAGGAAGAGGAGGAGGAGGAGGAGCAGGAGUAUGAGGAGGAGGAUGAGGAAGAGGAGGAGGAAGAUGAUGAUGAGGAGGAGGAUGGUGGAAUUGGGGAAGAAGGAGAAGAGAGCAAUGAAGGGAGCGGCAGCCGAGAUGGCAAUGAGGCCUACGAGGGGGAUGACACAGAGGGCCCUGAUCCCACAGACCCAGGCACUGAAACAGAGGAAAGUCUUGGAGCGACUGACUCCACCCAGCGCAUGGCAGAUUCUCAGAGCUUUGAAACUAGCACAUUGGAUGUUUUUGAAGCACCUGUGACCAGCUCUGCCCCUCGACCUCACCCCCAGUCACCCCGGAGACCUCAGCAUUCUCUUCCACCUCGUCUUAACAUCUUGGCCCCACCUGUUCAGGAAUUGGGACCCCCUGCUCAAGUCCAGCGGCUCCCGGUUCGGCGGCCGUCACUAGGACGAGGCCUCCAGCUCACUUCAGGAAUGGCCAGUAGUGCACAGCAUUUCUAUGAGGAUGAUGACAGGAUGGUUCCUAGUACCCCUACACUUCCUCCUCCUCGCUCUGAUGGAUUUGCUGAAGCAAUCCAUUCUCCACAGGUCGCAGGUGUGUCAAGAUUUCGAUUCGGCCUUUCAGAUGACCUCCCACAGACUAGCUCCUCUCACUCAGACCUUGGCCAGCUGCCAUCACAAGGUUUAGGAAUGUACGAGAGUUCAGUUUUCCUUGAGGAGGAGUCGGGAGGCCGCAGUGUGCCCACAACCCCACUACAGAUUUCUGCUCCUGUGACAAUUUUAUCAGAAACUGUGGCAUCUGAAGCGAUUGAGCAUGCUUCUCAGUCUGUGCCCAUGGUUAGCACCUCCACACCUGGCCUUAGUGCUCCUGCAGGCCAGAGCGGAGUAGAUGACAGAGACGACAUGUACAUGGACGCUGGAGACAGUGCUGAGGCUUCACUUGAGGCUGUGUCUCAGACCGAGGCAGACGAACCAGCUCAGCCAUCAGAUGAGGCUAGUCUUCCUUCCACAAGCCAGGAACCUUCAUCUAGUUCUGCAGACACAAGCAGCUCUCAGCCUCCUAAAGUCAGAACGGGAUCUGGGAGACAGUGGACUGGUGGUCGUGGUUCUAGGAGCUUUGUAAAGAGAGAUGGCGUCACAGGUGUGAGAGGGCGUUUUGCCAGGUGAAGCCAUUCUGGAAGAACACAUUCUGAAUUAAUAGCUCCAAAAGAACAGUCAUACUUUUUGUUCUGCUUUAAGGUUAUGUAUUAUAAGUUUUGUUUGUUAGUUUAAUGCUCUGAGCAAUUCAUCAAUGUUAUUUGAAUGAUUUUACAUCCGUACAAUAAAAUUGUUUGUUUCUUAA